AUGGGUAACUCUCAGACAAAAGAAGCACGUGGGCAAGGCUCUUCCGCGUCGCGAGGCAGUGACAGCACCAGCAUAGGCCAACGACAGGAUGGUCAAGCAAACUCAUCCGAACCCUCACUCCGCCCUGCAUACUCCUCUCGCGGCCAGCGAAGAGGGAGUCGGCACGACUUUUCAUUCCUCGGCAUUGGCGGAAGUAGCGACCAAGAUGCCUCUUCCCUCGAAGCGAGAAGGGAGACCAAGGUGGAGAGGGAAGCAAGAAAAGCAGAGAAAGAGCGGGCUGCAAGGCUCAAAGAGCGUGAGCGUAGCAUGAAGGAAGAGAAUGUUGACGGAGGCUAUCUUGUCACGCAAGGCGUAUAUGUUGGGACUGAAGAUUUCAAUAAAACUGUCGCUCGACAACUUAUGAUUGAGCGCAGACUUGCUCCCUUUUGGAGAGGGCUGAACGAUUUCUCAGAUUCAUGGGCAGAACAUCAGCUCAUGGCUGCCGCCAGAGGUAUGCCCAUUCCUCCGGCCGAUGAAGUACCUCCCGAACUCGAAUAUCAACUUGCCAAGAGGAUAACAUCCGACAAAAACAAUCAGUCAACCUUAAAGAACCUCACAAUCCCAAUAGGAGGAAGGUCACAGUCCUUUCAGUCGGACAAAUCAGCUCCUCUCUCACCUGCCAUGAACUCUUUACCACUUCCAUCUCCACCGGCAUCCAGCUCGUCCGGCGGCAAUAUUUUCAGGACUCGGGCGAAAACGCUGGCCUCACUGACCACAUCAUCACGAGCCAAUUCUCAGGCAGACAUGACUCCCCGGGAAUUCCAGCUGCCUCCAGAUCCUUUCGUGAACGGCCAACCCAUAGAGGUAUAUCUGUAUAAGGAUGCGUCGGAAUGCCCGAUUUGCUUCUUAUAUUACCCUCCAUAUCUUAACACGACAAGAUGUUGCGAACAACCGAUCUGCUCGGAGUGCUUCGUCCAAAUAAAAAGGCCGGAUCCACAUCCUCCGGAACAUGAACAGCCAGAUCCCAACGCGCCGCCCGUCUCUGAAGCCGAACGCGAGGCACAAGCUGAGGAGUUGUUGGUGUCUGAAAUAGCAACAUGCCCAUAUUGCAAGACCCCUGAUUUUGGCAUCACAUAUACACCACCCCCAUUCCGGCGGGGGCUUACUUACGGAGUUGGGUCACAACCAUAUCAGGUCAUGUCAGCAAUGUCUUCCCAGACAUCCAUCUCUUCGGGCAACUUGUCCCCUGGUCUUGGUCGAAGGCGAGGCACUUCUCUUUCGGCCAAUGCGCCCGAGGUAAUCACCACGGACAAGAUCCGUCCAGACUGGGCUAAUAAGCUUGCGACUGCUCGAGCUCAUGCUGCACGACGAUCGGCUGCAGCCACAGCACUACACACUGCGGCGUAUCUGAUGAACGGCCAGACCGCUGAUUCGCGGGCCUUUGCUGGAUUCGGCCGACGAAACGUGCUCCGACGAUCUACCAUGGACAGUCCGGAUAUCGGUCCAAGUCCUCAUCUGGGUGCCCUUGCUCUGCUCGCGGAGCGGCAUGCUGCCCGACAACAAGAAGCUGGUAGUACAGAGGGACGACCUAACCCUGUUAUACCUCCCGUAAGAGGGGGCAGUUCCCGUCGAAGCCGUAUGGAUGAUUUGGAGGAUAUGAUGAUGAUGGAAGCCAUUAGAUUGAGUUUGGCAUCUGAGGAAGAACGUCGAAAGAAAGAAGAAAAGGACGCCCGCAAGGAUGCCAAAAAGAAGGAGAAGGAAGCUAAGAAAGCAGAAAAGGCCGGCCGGAAGAAUAGCCUCUUCACACUAAACUCCAAUACCAGCUAUGGUGAUGGAUCUAGCAGCCUCCUCGAAAGAUCGAGAAGCAAUCUUUCGUUACUUCCAGAUGAUGAUUCGAUCUCGGGCAAGGGUAAGGCUGUGGAACGAAAUGGCACUCCCCAACAGGAAGCCACCAGGAUUGAAGAAGAAGCCCCUCAACCCUCCUAUAUUCCCACUCUGUCGCUCUCCGGCACGAGCCAAGAGUCUGUGGCAUCGUCAAUCCCCAUUCCAACAGCAGCUGAGCCAUUUCGACGAUCGCACCUUCGACAAAUGUCAAAUGCCUCAUCAGCAUCGUCGUCAUUCGUCGACUCAGGAACGCCGGGCGCAUUCUCCGGUUCUGGAACUCCUCCGCCUGGAAGCUUGGAACCCAUGUUCAACUUCAGAAGUCUCGCAGCAAUGAUUGGCGAAGAAGAGAAAGCAGAAACCAGCGCCCACGUCGAGAACGCUGACGAAGAACCUUCACCAACCGCACUACCGGACGGCAGAGACGAGUAUCCGUCAAGGAAGUAUGGGGAGCGUGGGGCAUCUCAUGGCCUAGGGUCUAGUUCGUCCUCAAGUUCGAACUCUCCAGAGCUGAACGAGGAGGACUCGGGUCUGAGGAAAGGAAAGCAUGUUGUGGAGACAUCGGCCGCUAUGUCUGAUAUGUAG